AUGACACGCCUGUUGCCGCUGUUGCUGCUAGGGUGCCUUUCAAGUGCUUCAGCGACAACCUUCUCAGUCACAUCGUACUACACUGGGGUUGCUCGUAAUGCCACUCCUUACUUCGUACUUGUUCAAGAAUAUCUGGAGUGUGCGAGCGAAAUGCGCGCUGUUGGAGACGAUACCGACAAGACGUUAGUCGAAUGCUCUUCCAACUACGUCGACUCUGUCGGACGACAGUUUGGCAGCACGCCGUACAUUUUUCAAGUCCAGUUCGACAACGCUGAGUGUACCAAGUUUUCUUCUGGCGUGGGAGUUCCGGUGUCCGACGAGUGCGAGGGCAGCUCAGACCUUUCGUUCACGAAUGCGAGCAUGGGUCGUAUAACUGUAAACGGGUCUGCAUCGAUCCAGUGGUUCUCUGAGCCACAAUGCAAGGAAGAUUCGUGGUUGCGAACGGAUAUUGUCGAUGCGAAGACACUCAAAAGUCAUUCGUGCGACGGCAACUGGCGCAAAUGGUACAGCAGCAGCAGUACCCGUCGAUUGGCGACCACGAGCGAUUCUAGUACUGAUGGCACUGUAACCCCGGAUGUGGGAUCCACCUCGACAUCGGCAUCAAACACAGAAGACGCAGCAACAAACAGUGGUUCUUCCUCAUCAGGCCCCACCACGACAAAUUCGGGUAGCACUGUCGACAGUGGUUCUUCUAGCAGCCAAGGAAGCGGAAGCAACUUCUCUAGCAGAUCCAAAUCUGGCAGUGGGGUCUCGGAAGUUGAGGAAGGAUCAAACAGUGGAUCCAAGCCGGUAUCAGACCCGUCCGGUAGUGGCAUCAGCAUUGGUGUGAUCAUAGCAAUCGUCGGUGGAUGCAUCGCUUUCAUCCUUAUAAUAUGUGCUAUCCUGCUUUGUCGCCGGCGUCUCCGAGGAAAGGACGAAUCUACCCUACAGCAAACGGAAACUACGCAGUACACUGACAUGACGUCGCCUAAAGGAAAAUCGCGGGGACAGACAGGAUUAUGGGACGAUGAUGUCAUCACUGCCAAGAGAAUCUCUCGCGACGAGGUUCAAGUUUGUGACCUUAUCAGCCGAGGUGGGAAUGGAGAAGUCUACGCCGGUGCUUUCCACGGUCGCGCAGUUGCCAUCAAAAUGUUGCCCCCCGCUACGCGCGCCGAAAUCAAACACGUCAACGAAUUUCUGGCGGAAGCAAAGAUGGCUGCGACGAUGGACCACCCACGUAUUGUCUCUCUCGUCGGAGUAGCGUGGAACGCGCUCUCCGACCUUUGCGUCGUGUUCGAGUACAUGGACGGCGGCGAUCUGCGAACACUGCUGGACAAGUACGAACAUUCCGGUCAUCCCAUUGGAAUCGACUAUCAAAAAGCCACAAUUGCUGUCCACGUCUGCCAUGCUCUGACUUAUCUGCACUCGCUGAUGCCAUCCGUUAUCCACCGAGACUUGAAGUCUCGCAACGUCCUACUCAGUCGUAGAAUGGACGCCAAGCUCACAGACUUUGGUAUAUCAAGAGAGCGACUUGAUGUAACCAUGACGGCGGGUGUUGGUACUUCGUUGUGGAUGGCACCGGAGGUUAUGAUGGGAGAGCGGUACGACGACAAAGCAGAUAUCUUUUCACUCGGCGUGUUGCUGUCCGAGUUGGACGUUCACUCGAUCCCAUACGCACAUGUGAAAACUACGAUGUCGGACGCAGUUCUGCUGCACCAAAUUGUUGUGGGCAAAGUUCAUGUGGCGUUUUCGCAGUUCAGUCCACGGGAGUUCUGGGAUUUAGGCCACGCAUGCACAUCUGUGGACCCUCGUGAUCGUCCGACUGCGGCUGAAGCACUGUACAGACUGCAGAUGAUACUCGCAAACCUGGAAAACAGUCAAGUCGUGGACUCGCGUGCAAGUUAUGUAUUUUGA